CAACCUCCUUAAUUUAGUCUUCAAAUUCAAUUCUGGUGUUCCAUCAAGAGGAAUAACUAUUUUUGCUUUUUGACGAGUUUCAAACCGCCCAAAAGGCUAUAUCUUAUGUUCUGAAAAUAAUUCUAGAGUUGACUUACUUGAGUAUUUUUCAAGAAUACUAAAUAUUUUCAGAGCUCAAACUGGAUGAGAGAUGUCAAAUGUCUAUGACAAUUGGGAAAGAUUGGUGGGAGCUGUGAUCCGGAGAGAGCAAAUAUGGCAAAUGUUUCAUGAUCGCAGUCCAAGCGUCAGUUCCGUAGCAUCAGAUUUCAGUUUGGAUUCUCAGAUCCUUGAUGUCUCUUUUGAUUUUUCGAGUCGUGCAGGUACGUCUCUGUAUCAGCCACCUGCAGUUGAAAACUCUCAAAAUGAAGAAAAAGCUGUUAAGAAGCUGGGGUCUUCGGUACUAGAGAUGAGGGUCAAAAGAAAAGAUGCAAUUCAAUGGAUGUCUUACGGAUUACUCCCAGAGAGAUUGAGAGAGGUAAUCAGGAGGUACGACAAAUACCUCCCGAUUCGUUAUCUUCCCAAGGACCUCAGUAAAGAUGUUAUGCGUCACUUUUGCUUGGCACUUCUUAAGAGAGCGCCCAUGUUUGAGAAAAUGGAUAUACUACUUUUGGAUGCAAUGUGUGGCCGUCUAAAAACCGUGCUUUACACUAACAAUGGUUUCAUAUGGCGGGAUGGUGAUCCGAUUGAUGAGAUGCUGUUUAUAAUUCGUGGAGAACUGCUGUCAGGUUCAGUGACAACAAAUGGAGGAAAAACUGAUGACUUUUCAAAUUAUUUUUAUUUAAAAGGUUUUGACUUCUGUGGAGAAGAGCUCCUCGAAUGGGCGUUCGACCCCAAUUCGUCGUCCAACCUCCCAAUCUCGACCAGAACUGUUCAAGCCCUCUCAAAAGCAGAAGUGUUUGCACUGGCGGCCGCUGAUUUGAAGUUUGUAGUCUCUCAAUUCAGAUACCUAUACAGUUUUAAUCAGAUGUGUCACAUUUUUAGGAAUUACUCGCUGCAGUGGAGGAAUUGGGCAGCAAGUACUAUACAAGUAGAAUGGAGGCAUUAUCACAGCAAGAAGCUAGUCCGAGAAGAGGAGAGCAGUUUGCGAGGUGCAUUGGUGAAGCCGAUAAUGAUGAGGAGGAUAUCAAUCAUUCCUCUUCAAAGUUCCGUUUCGUCAGAUUUCAGUUUGGAUUCUCAGGUCCUUGAUGUCCCUUUUGAUUUUUCGAGUAGUGCAGGUACGUCUUUGUAUCAGCUACCUGCAUUUAAGAAGCUGGGGUCUUCGGUACUAGAGAUGAGGGUCAAAAGACAAGAUGCAAUUCAAUGGAUGUCUUAUGGAUUGCUCCCAAAGAGUUUGAGAGAGGAAAUCAGGAAGUACAAUAAAUACCUCCUGAGUCGUUAUCUUCCCAAGGACCUCAGUAAAGUUAUUAUGCGUCAUGUUUGCUUGGCUCUUCUUAAGAAAGUGCCCAUGUUUGAGAAAAUGGAUAAAAUAAUUUUGGAUGCAAUGUGUGACCGUCUAAAAACCGUGCUUUACACUGACAAUGGCUUCAUAUGGCGGGAUGGUGAUCCGAUUGAUGAGAUGCUGUUUAUAAUUCGUGGAGAAUCGCUGUCAGGUUCAGUGACAACAAAUGGAGGAAAAACUGAUGACUUUUCAAAUUAUGUUUAUUUAGAAGCUGGUGGCUUCUGUGGAGAAGAGCUCUUCGGAUGGGCGCUCAACCCCAAUUCGUCGUUGUCCAAGCUCCCAAUCUCGACCAGAACUGUUUUAGCCAAUGCAAAAGCCGAAGUGUUUGCACUGGCGGCCGAUGAUUUGAAGUUUGUAGUCUCUCAAUUCAGACACCUAUACAAUAGUGAGCAGAUGCGUAACAUUUUUAGGCAUCACUCGGCUCAGUGGAGGACUUGGGCAGCAUGUUAUAUACAAGUAGAAUGGAGGCGUUAUUAUAGGAAGAAGCUAGUUCUUAAGAUGCAUUAGCAAAGGCGAGAAUGCAAAAGAGGACAUCAAUCAUUCAUCUCCAGAGUCAUAUGAACCAGAUUUCAUUGCUGAAGAAAAGUAAGCACGUUUUAAUUUUUCAGGUUAUUGUUUUUUUCAGUUAUUCGCCUUGUAAACUUGUGUCCGGGUUUUGUAUUCUACUAUGUAUUGUAACUUUAUCAUGCAUGUUAAUUGUAUGACUUGGUUCUGUACGAAUUCGAACUUGUUAGUGUUGCAUUUGCAAUUCCUUAUCUUACAUCCUACAUCAAGGACACUAUACAAUUGCCAAUACACGAUUCUAAUUUGAGA